AUGACCAGUCACGGGGUUGCUCGGACUGCUUUCCGCCCUCGAACCCAGGAGCAGCUCCAGCAGGACCUGCUCAAGAUCUCCAAGUAUCGGAAUCUGGAGGACGGACUUCGACAGCGGGUCAAGGAUGGCUUGUUCGACCGUGAGACAUUUCAACUCACCUCGCAGCUUCUCCGGCUGAAUCCAGAAUACUAUACUGUGUGGAAUGCCCGAAGGCGCUGCAUGAACCUCACCAUACUUUCACAAUCCGCAUCAUCGUCGACACCAUCGCUCACACAGGCGUCCGCUUCUCUUGCUACCCGUACGCAGCCAUCACAGACCCCGUCGCCGGACGGCCCCGCUGAAGCCACGAUGAGUCCGGAUAGCCACUCCAUCAGGGCCGAGCUUUUAUUCACGGUCCCCUUGCUAAUAGAGUUCCCCAAAUGCUACUGGAUCUGGAAGUACAGACUGUGGGUUCUUAGCCAGGCCAUUGACAGACUGCCUGUCGACGCUGCGCGGGCAAUUUGGGAAGACGAACUGGGGCUCGUCGCCAAGAUGCUUGACAAGGACAGGAGAAACUUCCACGCCUGGGGCUACCGGCGCCACGUCGUUGCGCAACUUGAGAGCCUGAUACCAGCAGGCCACUCCAUGGUUGAGUCCGAGUUUGAGUACACCACCAAGAUGAUAUCCAAGGACCUGUCAAAUUUCUCUGCCUGGCAUAACCGCAGCCAGUUGAUACCUCGCUUGCUCAAGGAACGUGAGGCGGAUGAUGAAGCCCGAGAAGCCUUUUUAGAGACUGAGCUCGAACUUGUAAAUGAAGGGCUCAACGUUGGUCCCGAGGACCAGUCUCUCUGGUACUACCAUGGCUAUCUCGUGUCGAACAUGGCUGAGGCCAGUGGCAUGGCGGCUAUCACUCCCCAUCUUUCCCUGGCUGAUCGCAGGUCUCAUUUGAUCUCACAGAUUGGCAACGUCCGCGAUCUCCUAGAAGAUUACAGCGACAUGAAAACAAUAUACGAGGCACUGGUCGAAUACACCGUCCUCGUUGGCCGCCUGGAAAAUCGACAAUUGCUUGGGGAGGAAAGGGUUGACGUGCAAGUGUGGCUCGAGAAGUUGAGGCUUUUGGAUCCGAAGCGCAACGGCAGGUGGGGUGACCUCGAGAGACAGCUCGGCCUUAACGACGGCUAG